CGCGCUGUGCGCCGCGCAUGCGCUGUACGCUGCGUGCGUCCGUUAGCGUCGUCGCUGUCGUCUUUCGAGCAGGAUGAACGCGCCACCGGCAUUCGAGUCGUUUUUGCUUUUUGAGGGAGAAAAGAAGAUCACAAUAGUCAAGGACACCAAGGUGCCAAAUGCAUGUCUGUUUACGCUGAAUAAAGAGGAUCACACACUGGGGAACAUCAUUCGGUCGCAACUGCUGAAGGACCCUCAGGUGCUGUUUGCUGGAUACAAGGUUCCUCAUCCUCUGGAGCACAAGAUAGUGAUCCGCGUUCAGACGACGCCAGACUACAGUCCCCAGGAAGCCUUCACUAAUGCCAUCACUGAUCUGAUCAGUGAACUGUCCCUUCUGGAGGAGCGUUUCAGGGUUGCCAUCAAAGACAAACAAGAGGGGAUAGAAUGAAGACCAUCACACUCCAUUGGAUCUCAACAACUAAUUCACAGUGGACUGAAUUGUCAGUCUUGAGAACUCUUUCUAGAAUGGGCUACAGUAUUCCCAUUUAUUUAUUUUCAUGAAAAAUUAUGAGGACAUUUGACAAGCUCAUAUUACCAAUAAUAAGAGAUCUAGACCAGCUUCUAACAGCAUUGAAUUUAAGAUGUAUGGAGUUCUUCCUUCUGUGUUGAUUUUCUAACAAAGCAUGAUGGUAUAAUGUAAUCAACAAAUGUGAACAUAUUUCAUCACACACCAGAUUUGUGUACAUGGAAAUAACGUCCUCUUCAUCGUCCCACUCAUUUGUGAUGUAGGUUUUUUUUCUAUUAAUAAAUUGACUUUUUGUAAUGAAA